AUGGCGGACAGUACUAAAAUGAACAUCGACUGAAGCGAACAGAUGACAUAUACAACAUACAUGGCACUAAUUCACAGGUGAGUGGGCUAGCUUGGACGAUGGACAACUAUCACCUGCCGAUGAAGAUCGAGGCGAAUGACGACGAGGAGUACAUCGUAGAGCACAACGACAACGGUGACUACGACGACGACGACCUCAUCAGCCCGACGGGCCACAGCGAGUCCGACUGGGCCAGCCUCCAGGACAGUGCGGCCGGCAAACUCCGGCUCAAGCGGCGCCGCAAGUGUGGUCAGUGCGGCCCGUGUCAGGUGAAGGAGAACUGCGACAAGUGUCACUUCUGUCUGCGUCGCGACGUCCUCAAACAGUCGUGCAUCUACCGCAAGUGUCUGUACCUGCGCAAGAAGCCGUCUCGGGUUCGAGACUGCGUCCCGCCGUCCAGCAGCAGCAGACACCCGUCUAGCAGUCAGUCACCCUCGGCAGCAUCGUCGUCGGCGUGUGUGUCCACCCCGGUGCAGAACAGCACGUCGCCACUGUCUCCGAUCAGCGUCGACGGCUCGCACUGCAGACCGCCUCAACCGAGUCCUUCGUACAUCCCGGGCAACAGCUCCGCGACCAACAGCCACCAGCAUCUGACGCCGGACCCUCACAGGCCGCUGCUGGGGGUCGAUCCACUGCCCGCAGGUUUCCAGCCCGAUCCGUUACGACAGCUGCCCGUGCCUCCCCCUCCAGACCCACUCCGGUCGUCGUACCAGUCUCCGCCGCAAGCCGACGUCCUGAGGUCGCACUCAGCGGACCAGGCGAGAUCGCCACACGCAGACAUGCGCCCCAUGUCGUCGGACACAGUGAGGUCGCUACCCACCAGUCAGGCUCCACCCACACCCGUCAGUGUAGACCAGCUGCGGCCGAUGCCAACCGAUCCUCUUCACCAUAUGCAAAGUGAAUCGCUGAGACAAUUUCAGAACAAUCAUUUACGUCCAUUUCAGGCCGAUCAGCUGAGACCCCCACUGGGCAUGGAGUCGCUGCGGCCGUUUCCAUCGGAGCAAUAUGGGAUGGCAUACGGCCCCCCCAGACAUGUGUGGCCCCCACCGGGCCUGCCCAGCCCGUACAACUUUCAGACUAACAACAUGAACAUGGGAGCCAGUCCGUCGUGCAGGAUGAGUCUCCCUGACGCGUGUCGCUACUCCAUGCCCGCUCAGCCUUCAUUCCCGCACCACCCUCAUCACCACCACAUGCCCUUCAACAUCAACUCGGACUUCAGACCCCCAGUCCCGUUCGGCACACCUUCCUCUCUUGGACCACCCAUGAAUCCUCCAUUCUAUCCCCCACCCCCGGUGCCCCCGGUACCGAGUACCAGUCUUCCCACACUACCCAUUGUACAGUACUCCGCGUCACAAGAAACCUACCCGGGGAGCAGGUUCGCAGCUCCGCCAAUGUACACAGGGAGUCUCUACUCCCCUUUUCGUCCCCCCAGUGAACCAUACAUCUACCAUGCACAGUUCCCACCCAUGGAAUCUGUAUUCUCAGGAAACGGUAGCAAAAUGGCGUACUUUCGGGAUCAGUUUUUGAGACACUGUGACAAAUCGGACCUUUCAAAAGAUUUUCACUCAAAUACUUUUGCCGAUGAUGACAAGGCAAUGAUGUUGGAGAAGUACAGAUGUAUCAUUGAGGAUUCUGUGAUGUCUAGUAGUUCUCUUAAGCUGUCAGAGAAGAUGGACACCAAAGAGUUCUAUUCGUCGUGUAAAGACAUUGACGAUGACCUGAGGGAAGAGAUGAGUCGGAUUACGCGAGACGGAGAGUGCAAUGUGUGUAUCAGCAUAGACGAUUACAAGAUGCAAGCAUUCAUUCGAUCGGAUGGUGUCAAUAACUUGGAAAUAGAGAUCGAAAGUCCAGUGGAACUUUCACCCAACAAUACCUGUAGCAAUAAGAACAAACAUCCAGAAAACCACAACAAUAACAAUAACAACAACAACAGUACAAACAACAACAAUAAUAAUAAUAAAACCAAUAAUAAUAAUAGUAAUAUAGCAGAUACAGAGAGCCCCAAACCACGUGAGGUGAUUGCCCCGGUUGCCCGGCGUACAACGGUUGUGGGUACGGUGUGUAUAAGACAGGACCUGGGUGAUGAGGGCAUCAUGCAGCUCGAAGUGCCUGGUCACCGCGUGUUCCUCGAGGAGACCAUUCUUGACGACACCAUCAUCAGCCAGUCGGACAAACCCGCUGAGCUCAUCCACUUCAUACAGACUCCCGCCAAGACCUGCUCCGAUUCUCUCGACGACCUAGUGUUAUAGUCACGUGCUGUCAUUGUUGGUAUGCUAGGGUCACACUACCUACUGUCACACCAUAGUUGGCCAACUUGCCCGUCUCUCAACUUGUAUGGAUGCUAGUCUGAGCAUAUUCUGUGGACAACCCAGUGCUGUAGUCACAUGUUGUCAUCAGUACGCUAGGAUCAGGCUAUCACCUUUCACAACAAAGUUGGCCAACUCGCUGAUCUCUCGACUUCUACGACUGCCCGUGCUUAUAAAACAUUUAGAAUCUGGACUCGAGGCUAAUAAGAGCCAAAGACUUAACAUCAUGGCAAUGCCAUACAAAAUUGUUUAUGUAAAAUUGUUUAUGUGCGUGAUGUCAUUAUAGAUUGAGUCUAGACUUUCAAACGUUUUAUAAGCACAGGUUGUUGCUAGUCUGAAUACUCUUACAACUCGAUUUCCAUCAUAUACAACGUCUAUGACCUAUUAGUUAUUAAUCUGAGCACACUAUUUGUAAGUCAGGAGUGGGGGAAAUUAAGAGCAACUGUUAAAUUGACAACUCCUUCAUGACAGUUGGUAGUCUGAGCCUAGCUUUAGUGGUACUGUGUUGUCCUCGUGUGUUCUCUCUCUGUAUGAUGUGGCAGUUUUUACCUAGUCUCCUGGCACACACAGGGUUCAUUCUCCGUGGGUUGGGUGGACAUGUCAGUCUCGUAGAUUCUGUCUUAUUACGUCAGUUAAUGCUAAAAAUCAGUUGUUUGCUGUAGCCACACAGAUUCAUUCAUGCCAGUCGCUUCAACUCUGUUGCUUUUUCAUUUAUUUUUUAUUUUUUAUUAAUAAAAAUUUGUGGCGUGUAAAAAAGAAUUAAAACUCCUACUAACAAACCUCUUAUUGAAAUGGCAUUCUGCAGGUAUGUUACAUAGGAAACGGUAUAUAUAUGUUUUUAAAGAAAGAUUAUGGACAAAUGUAUUAUUGAUGGGAAGACAGUGAUGUUACUCAAUCUGCCCUGGGGUACGUUCGGCAAACCACUUGUCACUGACAUUCACUAAACGGGGUGUUUUUUUAAUGCUAUAUAGUAAACCGAAUUACCACUUGUCACUGACAUUCACUAAACGGGGUUUUUUUUUAAUGCUAUAUAGUAAACCGAAUUACCACUUGUCACUGACAUUCACUAAACGGGGUGUUUUUUUAAUGCUAUAUACAUUGUAGUAAACCGAAUUACCACUUAUCACUGACAUUCACUAAACGGGGUUUUUUUUAAUGCUAUAUAGUAAACCGAAUUGCCACUUGUCACUGACAUUCACUAAACGGUUUUUUUUUUAAUGCUAUAUAGUAAACCGAAUCACCACUUGUCACUGAUAUUCACUAAACGGGGUGUUUUUUUAAUGCUAUAUAGUAAACCGAAUCACCACUUGUCACUGACAUUCACUAAACGGGAUGUUUUUUUAAUGCUAUAUAGUAAACCGAAUUACCACUUUUGAAACCAGUCAAAACAGUUGCAAACAUUAGUGAAAAACAGAUUGUAGAACUUUGGGUUGUUGUUAAAUAGAAUUUAAUUUCAAAUGUUUGACUCAACAAAAAUGUCCCACAUUAGGGGAUAACAUUCAACCAAUAUUUGUAUUCUGUUACAGUGAUGUUAAAUUAUUAAUAAUUAUUUUAAUAGUAUUUGUACUUUGAUUGGGUCACCAAAAGAUUUGGUUCGAUCAGUUGAAAUAUCUAGUAUCCUGCAAUCACUGUGUAUAUUGGCAAGAUAUGAGUAAAUAUAUUUCUAUAUUUUUGGUCACUGCUCAAAAAAAUUACGGUAGCUUUUUUGGACAGAACUGCUUUUACCCUGCUUAUGACCAGCAAAGGAAUGUUGACCUGUAACCCAACAACGUAAACAACUGAUGUGAUGUCAAGAAUAUAACAAUAAAUAAUUUGAAUAAUAAUAAUUUUUAAUUUUGUUUUAAAGAAAAAAACCCAAAAAACUUGUUGCUAUUUAAGUUCUAUUUUAUUUUGGUGUAGAGAUAUUGUAGCCAACAAGAUAUCAAAAUGUGUGGACAUGUAUACAGUUUGCCAUUAUUGAGGAGCGGUGAUGCUUCCUACCUACGGUAAUUUAUAUCUCAAACCGGCAAUUGCCGUCGGUGCCAUCAUUAACUUCGAGCCCUGAAAUUAUAAAAGUUGCGUAUUAAAAACCGUUCAUUUAUUUAUUUGCCAUAUUAUGUAAGAUUGCAGAAUAAAUAAAAUUAUUGGUUACUGUCUUAGCAUAUCGGCUUUAUCCUGCACAGGUCCAAUGGUUAAUGCCACUCGGCAGAGACUCGCAGCUUUUGCCAUUCUAACCUUUCGCAGGAUAAAUGUGAUAUCUUGAGACAUUAACCAGUUAUUCUCUAUAUUUGUGUCUAAUUCAACUAGGUAAAUAUUUGUGCAUGAUGCCAACCAUUUUGUAUCAGAUAUUGAAGGUUUCACCUAUACAGUGAGUCGAAUAAUACACAGUGAUAUAGGGUACAAAGAAGGUCUGAGAUUCAUAUGACCAUCAAAAUAAGCCUAAGCAAUCAUUUAUUGAAAUUCUAAUGUGUAAGACAAGAUAUUGUACUAUUGGUAGUGUGAGGUGGAAGCCGGUUGUGUGAGUGGAGAAUUCUGUAAAUAUACUCAACAAAAUUAAUUAAGGGUCUAUAGACUUUGGUCAAUUUCUGCUGCUACAUGUAUGUGUAUUAUAACUGUAUUAACAUUAUGUCCAGUAUGGUACUACAUGUAUGUCUUCAUCACAGAUGAUUUCUAAAUGUUGUUGGAGUAAAUUAUGUCCAGUAUGGUACUACAUGUAUGUCUUCAUCACAGAUGAUUUCUAAAUGUUGUUGGAGUAAAUUUUAACCAUUAUUAACAUAAUAACAAUGAUGAAGAAUUCAA